UUGAUGCAAGUGUGAACGCGUUUACUUCGUUCUGCUUUUAUUACUGUUUAAGAUGAACUUCGAAAACGCCAUCUACAUUUUGAAAGACUGUGACAUGCACAGUAUUUUUUCGGUCAUGGGAAACUAUAUAUCGCCGUGAUGAUUUGUUAUGUGUAGAGCCCCAACAACGUGUGGUUUAUCUUCGAUGUCUCACGGCAUUGUUCCGUCUUGACCAGGCAUGCAAGGUCCCUUGAGAAGAAUGAGUUACUGCGAAGGUUUGGGCGGUGACCACUAAUUUUCGGAUUUAAGAACUAGGAGGAAUUGUGUGAAGUUUCUUAAAAUGGAUAUUACAGUGUCAGAGUUGAUGGAAAACUUCAUGGAUACCCCGCUGGUGGUGUGGGUGAAGACCUUUGGACCACUGGGCUCUGGCUCAGAGGACAAGCUCUCCAUGUUCAUGGAUCUGGUGGAUGGGGUCUUCCUGCACAAAAUCAUGACACACAUAGACCCCAGCCCCACCAACCAGAGAGUGAAUAAGAAUGUGAACAAUGAUGUGAACCUACGAAUCCAGAACCUCAACAUUGUAAUCAGGCACGUCAAGAACUACUACCAGGACAGUCUCCAGCAGCUCAUCCUGAUGACUCUGCCUAAUGUGCUGACCAUGGCUAAGGACCCCCUCUCAGGCAAGAGCAUGGAAGAGGUGAAGAGACUGCUGCUGUUGAUCCUAGGCUGUGCUGUGCAGUGUGAGAGGAAAGAAGAGAUCAUUGAGAAAAUCAAACUGCUCGACAUUGAGAGGCAGGCAGCCAUCGUCUCCCACAUUCAAGAGGUGACCCAAAACCAGGAGAAUGUGUUGGACUUGCAGUGGCUGGAGCUGCCAGAUAUGCCCACUGAGGAGCUGGACCCCCUGUCCAGAAACAUGGCCCUGCACCUCCGCAAACUCAUAGAUGAAAGAGAUGAAUGUGCAGAGGCGAUCGUGGAGCUGACCCAGGAGAGGGACUACCUCCAGUCCCAGCAGCCCUCUAACCACCUGGGUUACCCCAACCCUGAGAGGACCGACCUGGGCCUGGGCGGACCUAUCUGCCGGCUGUCCAAAGAGGACCGGCAGCAUCUGGCUGUGGAGCUGGCUGACACUAAAGCCAAACUGAGACGCUCGCGACAGGAGCUGGAGGAGAAGACUGAGCAGCUGAUGGAUACCAAACAUGAGGUGGAGAGGCUGGAUCUAGAGAUGCAGAAACUCAAGCAGGAGAACAUGCAGUUACUUGCAGAGGCGAGGUUGGUGCGUGCGUACAGGGAUGAAGUGGACGCUCUGAGGGAGAAGGCAGCCAAGGUGGACAGACUGGACACAGAGUUGAGCCGCUGCAAGGAGAGGCUACACGACGUCCACUUCUACAAGACACGAGUCGAGGAGCUGAGAGAAGAUAACGCCACUCUGAUGGAGACCAAAACCCUGCUGGAGGAGCAGCUGGGAGCCUCCAGGGGGCGUUGUGACAAACUACAUGAGCUGGAGAAGGAGAACCUGCAGCUGCGCUCAAAACUACACGACGUGGAGAUGGACCGGGACACAGAUAAGAAGCACCUGGAGGGGUUGAUAGAGGAGAACAUGCUGCUGGAGAUCUCUCAGAAACAGAGCAUGAAUGAGUCUGCCCACCUGGGCUGGGAACUGGAGCAGCUGGCCAAGAACAACGACAACAACGACAUGCACAAGUCAUUUGUGUUUGAGCUGAACGAGUCUGCGUCGAGCCGUCUGCUGAAGCUGGAGAAGGAGAACCAGGGUCUGCAGAGCACUAUCCAGGAGCUCAGAGAGGCUUCACUAAGUCUGGAGGAGGACCAGCUAAACGCCAUGGAGUUGGAGAGAGAGAACCAGGGCCUCAGCAAAAAGCUGGAGCGUAUGCAGACCCUGCUGGACCAGGAGAAGCAGACCACCCAGGACAUGGAGGGUCUGGAAGAAGACCUGCUCAAAGACGAGCAGAAACUGGAGAAGACUCUGGAGAGACUGCAGGCAGACAAGAACAGACAGAUCUCAGAGCUGGAGCAGGAGAAGGAGCACCUGAGCCAGGCGGUGAGCUCCCUGCAUCAGCGCACCCAGGUUGACAGCGAGGCCCGAGUCAGGGAGGUGGAGACAGAGAACCGCGUCCUCCACCAGACCAUCACCAACACCGGGUCCAAGCUGGCCCGGCUAGAAGCCCAGGGCAAGCAGGCCACCAAGGAGCUGGAGACACUGAGGGAGAGGGGGGUGGAGCUGGAGAGGGAGACAACACAUCUGGAGAGGAGCAAGGAGCAGCUGCAGAGGGAGGUGGCCUCCCUGAAGAUCACAUGUGACCGGGCUGAUGCCCUGGAGAGAGACAACACCAGCCUGGAGCAGGACAACUGGAGGCUGAAGAAGCAGGUGGAUACAGCCCAGAACGUCAGCCUGCGCCUGGCCAAGCUGGAGAAUGACCACAGCCUCUUGGACGAGGAGAACCUGGAGCUCCGCCGCACCGUGGAGUUCCUCCGGCCAGCUGCCAUUCGCCUGGCCCAGCUCCAGCAGGAGAACAGGGAUCUGGAGAGGGAGAGGGAGGAUCUGACCCGCUCUGUGGAGGAGCUGAGGUCCCAGGGGAAGAGGGCGGAGCGGCUGGAGCUGAGCAUCGGCAGCCUGGGCCAGGAAAACCAGAGGUUACAGCAGAGCCUGGAGAACAGCUCCACUAAGAUCCAGGGGCUGGUGAGGGAGCUGAGGCAGGCGGAGACCGAGACCGGAGUUCUGAGACGGGAGCUGGAGGAGGUGCGCCUGGCGGAGAAACGCCUGGAGGUGGUGGAGAAGGAGAAGAGGGGGCUGGAACAGGAGCUGGGCCAGUCAGAGAAGGCGAGGAAGCAGCUGGAGAAGGAGGCGCGACGUUUAUGGCAGCAGCUGGAAGUGAAGGAAGAGGUGCUGGAGGAGAGCGCUCUAAAGCUGGCCUCAUUAGAGAAGGAGGGCAUCACCAAGGAGAAGGAGUUGGAGAGGUUAAAGGAGGUGGCUGGGAUGGUCAAAGAGCUGGAGAGUCAGAACAAGGAGCUGCAGAAACAGGCCACCAUCGACAAGAGGACCCUGGCCACACUCCGAGAGGACCUGGUGAAUGAGAAGAUGAAGGUGCAGCAGCAGUGGAACGAGUUGGAGAUACUGAGCGACGAGCUGGAGAAGAUCGGUCUCAACAGAGAGAAACUACUGCAGGAGAAGAACAGCUGUGAAGACAAUAAGUACAAGAUCUUGGAAAGUAAGAUCGAGUCAACGCUGAAGAAGAAUCUGGAGAUCCGUGAGGAGAAGAUUCAUGGUCUGGAGUCUCGACUGAAGGAGUCUAGUAGUCUUAACCAGCAGCUGCGCAUUGAACUCAGCACCUUGAAGAAGACUCUGGAGGCUCUGAGACAGAGGCAGGAGGAGGAGGAGGCCCACUCCCACAGCUCCACACAGCAGGCUGCAGUUCAGGUUCAGGUCCAGGGCAACAGCCAGGGUCAGGAGAAGUGGGAGACAGUGACGAGAGAGGCCACCGCAGAGCUCCUCAAACUCAAGGACCGCCUCAUCGACAUAGAGAAGAACAAUGCAACCUUGCAGACAGAGAAGCACCUACUGAAAGAUCAGCUGAGACAGCUAGACAACCAGAACAGCCAGCUGAAUGCCCAGAAUGUGGUCCUACAGGGGCAGGCUGUAGCACUGCAGCAGCACAACACAGCCCUGCACAAACAGACAGCCAAACUACAGGUGGAGAACUCUACCCUCAACUCCCAGAGUGCAUCUCUCAUGGCCCAGAAUGCCGUGCUGCAGGGCCAGGUGGGGGCUCUGGAGAGCGAGUCGGAGGCGUGGCAGCGGCAGCGGGAGGAAGCGCGGGCGGGUAGGGAGGGCGUGCUGCAGGACCACGAGCGCUUGCUGAGCGUUCACGAGAGACAGGCGGCGGAGUACGAGCAGCUCAUCACCCAACACGCCGCCCAGAAGGGCAACCGGAGAGCUCUGGAGAAGGAGCACCGUGCACUGGAGAACAAGUACAUAGUGCUGCUGAAGCAGAAAGAUGCCAUGGAGACAGUGGAGUCCACCCUUCAGAAGGAGAGGGAGAGUCUAGGAGAGGAGAUCCACAAAAAUGCGCUGAUUCUGGGGGAGAACCAGAGUCUGAGGGGGGUGGUGGACCGGUUGACCCAGACUCACUCCCAACUGCGUGCGGAGUAUGACGGGCUGCAGGUGCAGACCAAGGAGUUGAAGACCGGUCUGAACAGAGCUCAGCUGGAGGUGAACCGCUGGCAGGCCAGAUACGACUCGAUGAAGGAGCAGCACCAGGGCCUGGACAUCUCCAUGACCAAGCUGGACAACCACUGUGAGCUGCUGACCCGUCUGAAGGGGAACCUGGAGGAGGAGAACCACCACCUACUGAGUCAGAUCCAGAUGUUGAGCCAACAGAACCAGACCCUGCUGGAGAGAACCAUGGAGAGCAAGGAGCUCUACCACGAAGAGCAGAAACAGUACAUUGACAAGUUGAACUUGCUCCGGAGGCAGAAGGAGAAACUGGAGGAGAAGAUCAUGGAUCAGUACAAGUUUUAUGAUCCAACCCCUAAAAAGAGGAACCAUUGGGCCGGGGCCAAGGCUCUGGCCAAACUCAUCAAGCCCAAGAACAGACAGGACAGCUCCAGGGAGAGGGUGCGGAGCGCCCCUGACAUUCCCCUGCCCGAACCUCCCACCUUGGACUUCCCUGACGUCCCUCCCCCCACGCCUCCCCCUCCACUGCCCCCCCGCCAGUCCUGCCUCAGCCUGGACUCUGUAUGGAACCACUCUCUGGAGGAGAACCACCAUGGACAGGGACACUUCCCUGCCCUCAACCCCACCCCCACAUACUCCAGCAGAGCACUAAACAACAGUGGAGUGUCCAGAGGCAGGGAGCUGUUCCGUGCUUCAGGGGGCAGCAGUGAGGGUGUGAAUGGCACUGAGGAGCUGUACGCCAGACGGAGAGGUGUGGAGCUAGGGGGGGCUGCUGCUCACUCCACCCCCGCCAACCACCCCUCCACCUCAGGCCUGACACCCAGCUCCAGGCCUGGACGCAGGCCCAAAGGUUUCAUCUAUGAGGACGACUCUCGGGUUCACUCCCCUGAUGCUCAUUUUGUCCAUGGAAACGCAGGUUAUCGACCAGGCUCUGCUGAGCUCAGUCGCAACACCUCCAGCAGCAACUCCCCUGUCAACUGCAAAGAUUCCCUGGAGCACCUGCAGGACCGUUCUGCCAGUCUGCCCAGUGAUGACGUAGUUGGCCUUAGUCACGACGUGUCCCACUCCCUGACCCUCCCCUGGAGCGCCAUUGUCCCUUACGACAUACACUCCCACACCCCGGUCCAGAGGAGUGCACCCCAGCCUGGCAGCGAGAUGGUCACCUUGGAAGAGUUCCUGGAAGAGAGCAACACCCUGUCACCACCCACUGUGCAGUCAGGCAGUCGGGAAGAUCUGGUGGCGGACUACUUCAACCCAUUAGAACAGAGAGAGAGAUCCACCCUUUGUCGGCCCUCUCCUCUGAGAGAUGGAGCCAAGACCCCCACCAGCUAUGUUACGCCCACUGUAAAGAGAGACACAGACCUCCACCAGGCUGGCGAGGGGCCAGGCAGGACCUCCAAACCAGGCCAGUGUGUCAAGCCCAGCGUCCGGCUACAAGAGGGAUCCACCUCCACGCCCCAGUCCCACUCACAGACCCUACCCAACCGGACCAGCAACGGGUUAGGGACAGGGGGGCGGCCUUUACCCCUGGGACCCUUUUCACCCUGUGGAGGACGUCUGGGCAGCAGCAGUUUGUCUCGGACCUUCAGCCUGGCCUCCGCUGACCUGCUGCACUCCAAUGGUCCAGGUAGCUACCUGCCAGACAUGGAGGCAGGAGGCUCGCCCAGCCGAGGUGGUGGGGAUGGGGUGGUCAGGAGGCCUGGGGCUGGAGCCACGGCCAGGGAGCGCCCCCAGUCUGCCAGGUUAGCAGGACCCUUGGACAUAGACCCCCGCAGACUGUCUCUGGCUCCACCCAAAGAGGAACCUCUCAGCCUGGCCCCUCCCCAGCACCACUCCUCCCUGUCCCUGCAGCCCAAGUGCUACGGAGGGAGAACAACACCAGGCUCCACCCCCAGGAACAACAGCCCCAGCUCCGGACUGCAGCAACAAGGACAGCCCACCCACCAGAAGAACCACUGUGGGGAGGUUGCCAUGUUGAGGGCAGCGCCGGCUCUGAGGCUGGAGGAGCCACAGGAGGGGGAUGCGAGGCUCCAGGCUAACUGCCCGCUGCUGAAGAAACCAGAGGUGGGGGGAGGAGGGGGGCUGAGCUGCAGCACAGAGGAGCACCCCAGGAGCACCUCCCCAGACCCCAACAACGACCCUCAGACUGUGUGGUAUGAGUACGGCUGUGUCUAGGAGCCGUUAUUGUAGUGGCAGGCUUCAGUACUGUACAAAACCUUUUCUUCCUGCUAAACCACAGGAUACCUGGUCUGGCACCGCUAGGCUGGUCCUCACUGUACUGGACCACAUCCUUUCUGUUUCUGACCAUUUGAAACUUCCUAGCUGCUUUUAAAGCUUCAUAAAGGAAAUUCUACCCCAAAGAGAACACCACACCACAGGGCGCUGUACCCAGCUGGCAACAUAUGGUUGAUUUGCAUGACCAACACGUGGGCAUGGUACUUGGGACCGCCAGUGCCGCAGUUACAUUAACGUGUACAGGAAUGCUUUGAGGAAGGCAAAAGCACUAGAGAGCAACGAAUGUAUUUUUCUUUUCUUCUAUUGGACAACACUGGUUGCUCUAUGUGCACUGUAUGCACAGCACAGUGGGUCUGGCCCUGUCCAAUGAGUUCUAUUCUGAAUCUGAAAAACUAACAUUUUGGGGAAGGAGAGAAAGACCACUCCCAGAGUAAUUGCAUGGUAACGUCUGUCCUCCAUCUUUAGGAGCUUGAGGACAGAUUGUUUAUCUCAACACAGCCUCAGUGACACAUUACUGGAAAUGGGUCCGCUCCCACUUUGAAGAUGCUGUUUUCUGUUGCGUCUGUGGGUGACCCAAACUAUAGGCUUUUGCGUAUAUCUCAUCUCAAAGUGAAACUGGCUUGUGGGGAGCAUGUAAUUCAUCCCAUAUCUGUUUUUGUGUACGCGAGGCAGGACGAAACAGGCAGAUAUACCAUAGAGGGAGGGAACACCAGACUGACCAACUCAUGAAGAGAGACAAAGCAGGGCUUUUUGUAGCAAGAGGGGACCAUUUCUGGAGGAAAGGAUUGAGUGAGUUUAAGAUGAAGAAAGAUGGAGAUUUGGAGAUGAUUGACAUAAUGGUGAUGAUGGACAGAGAGAAAUUAAGAAAGAUGAAUGAGAGUUUGAGACAUUGGUCAGGUUGAAGAAUUAAAAAAUGAAAUGUAUAAUGUUCUCCAUGACUAACCACCAUUAAUGCCCCCAGAAAACUGAUCCCUAUACAAUAGAUAUCUUGUAUGUGCAGAAAAUAAAUCUUAUUUUCCAAAUACAAUCCGAAGAGCACUAUAAGACAAGGAUGAAUAAGUAGAUAUGUGUCUGAACACUGGAUACAUUUUUAUUACAGAAAACUAAUCGGUGACAUUAUCGACAAGAGGCUAUUAAAGGAUUGUCUUUUUAGUUUUGAAUUAUUGAUAGUGGAAUUAUAGUUGGAAUUAUUACAUUUUGUAUAUUCUUUUUACACCACUACCCAGCUCUAAAAUGUCAGUAAGACUCAAUGUAUUAUGUUAUGUUAUGUUCCUCUCAAAUGACAAAACUAUGUCUGCUUGUUUGUGUUUUUAUCUUCUCACCUAAAUGAGUUUGUUGUGAAGUUGAGUGUGUGGUUCACUAAGGGUGGUGUCAUUUUGAAUUGUGCACAACCUCUCAUUAUCGUAAUGUAUUGAUGCGUUUUCUGUAUUAGUAAAAAGCCAGUGGAUAAAAAUCUCAUUAGACUCCUCUAUUAGGUAGACGACUAGUCCGCCUAUUAGAGUGUAUUAUAGUACAGUUGAAGUGGGAAGUUUACAUACACUUAGGUUGGAGUCAUUAAAACUUGUUUUUCAACCACU